AUGGCCCCCAAGGUCGGCGAGAAGGGUCCGGCGAAGAAGGGCCCGGCCAAGAAGGCCGCGGACGGCAAGGCCAAGAAGAAGAAGGUCUCCAAGGCGGAGACCUACAAGAUCUACAUCUACAACGUGCCUGCCACUCAUACGUGCCCUCUCUGA